GCGAUGGGAGUCAUGGAUUCACAUCGGUCUGGCCCUCACAACACGAUAGAUUUUGGAUUUUUGCAGCGUUCAUUUUGGUCUAAACCUUCGUCCUGAAGUUCUCUCUCCGUCGAACUUCUUUCCUCUGAAUUCGAGCUCUGUGCUUCAGUAUGGCAAAGGAGGUUUACACCAGGGAAGAGUUGCUAGCGUUGUUGCAGGAUCAUCAAAUUCAUUUUUCCAAGUACGAACAUCCAGCUGUAUUGACGGUUGAAGCUCAGGCAAAAUAUGUUGGAAAUCUGGGGGGUGGACUCAGUAAGAAUCUGUUUUUGAAGGACAAAAAGAAUAGAUACUACAUCGUUUCUGCAUUGGCAGACACCAAAGUGGACCUGAAAGUUCUAUCUGCAAGACUUGGUUUGGGGAAAGGAGGUCUGAGAAUGGCUCCUGAGGAAGCAUUGGGUGAGAAACUUAAGGUAUCUCUUGGUAGUGUUACUCCGUUUGCACUCAUCAAUAAAACAGCGCGAGAUGUCGCAUUGUUGUUGGACCAAGGAUUUAAAAGCCAGGAAUUCUGCUUCUUCCACCCUUUGUCAAAUGAAACCUCAAUAUCCCUUAAUGCCAGUAAUCUCGACAAGUUCCUUAAAGUGAUUGGGAGAGACCCUUCAUAUGUUGACUUGGAGGCUAACCCUUCUGUAGGAAAGGAUCAACCCCCUGAUCUUGCUGGACUUGUUCCAUCUGGUACGGCCUUUGUGCCGGAUACUCCAGAGAAAGCAUCUUCAUGUCCAAAUUCGAUUGAAAAUCAUGGUGUUGUAGACAAAAAGAAGUCUAAGGUAGUUGCAGGGGACACAGCCAAACCAUCUACUGCUGUCAAAGUUGCAAAGGACAAACCUGUACCAACAGUACGAACAUCCCAUGCAAAUGUGGAGCAAUUUGUGGAAGAGAUCCUUAAUAAGACGUCGGCAAUAGUGCUCUCAGAGCUCACAGAGGAGACUGUUAGGAAACAUGGAGAGCAAUUGGGAACUGUGGUGUCAAACAGCAUCAAGAGCCAUCUUAGCUCGGAGUUGAACAAUCUUUCUAUGAUAUUUAAGAACACUGCAUACACAGAAGGGUUUCACGCUGGAUCUUCCCAUAAAGUAAAGCAUGCAUGCUGACCUGUCUGGUUGUGCCUCCAAUAGCAACUGAAGAAGAGAAUUCUGAUAGAAGGCGGGGUAAGGUCUCUAGUUAUGUUUAAGAUUCUUUUAAAAUAUGGUCCCGAACAUUUGGAAAAAAAUUCAUUACAAUUGUUAUAAUAUUUGGUUAUAUGAUAAUGCAUCUUUAGCA